AACAAGUACUACCGAUGCACAUUUAUUUAAACAUUUAUCAGAAGUCAAAGUUAUUUGGUUCUGAAUAACAUUUUCUGCAAAUGUGUUAUGGGGAAUCAAAUUGUUAAAGAAGAAUUGCAACAUUGGCGGAGUUCAUCAUCGGAAUCAGAGUGGAAAUGCUUGUACUGUGAUACAAUAAACACAAGAUCGGAAAAAGCCUGUACGUCCUGCAAUCGAAAAUGUUGCUGUAGUGAGGCAGACAGCAAAGAUGAUGAUGGUGGUGAUACCACAAGUAAUGGCAGUUUUGUUAAACAUAUUAUCAAAAUCGAACUGAUACAGUUCCUUCAGGAAAUAAGAAUGAUUGUGGUCGGAAAAAUGGGCGUAGGUAAAAGUGCAUUUUGCAAUACUCUGGCUGGAGAAAAGUUGUUCGAUCCUGAAAGGGCCUUGCGUUCAGUUACAAAAGCUGCUGAUUUGAAAGUAACAGAAAGGUUUGGACGAGAAAUUCUUUUGAUUGACACUCCUGGUUUUGGAAAUAAAGAACGACACAAAGAAAUAGUUGAGUUUAUCGAAGGUGUUGGUGAAUUAUUCUUGCGGUUUGCCCCUGGAUUCCAUUGCAUUGCUUUUGUUUUAAGCUUUGAAGGGCGAAUAACACGAGAUGAUAUCGAGCUCUUGGAAGAUGUCAAGAGGAUUUUGGGAAAGGAAGUUAUGGGUCACAUGAUUUUAGUAUUUACUAGAUGUCCCAGUCAGAGUGCUUUAGAAGAAAAGCUUAAAACUGCAAACGGUCGUUUUAAAGAUAUUUUGAAAGAAGUAGAAUAUCGCGUUUAUGGAGUCGAAAAUGAAAAUGGGGAUCUGGCCAUGCUUGCGCACAAUUUCUUCAGAAUGGUUGAUGACCUAUGCAUCAUAAAACGCAAACAAAUUUAUUCAACAGAUAUGCUUUUGAAAGCAUGGAAUAUUGUAAAAGAUGAAGUCAACAGUCCUUCUGAUCGAAUGAAGAUAAGCAACGUGCAGGAAAAUGUAGAAUUGCUCGGAAUUUUUCAGUUCUUUGUUAAUGCAAUUUUAAGUCCAAGGUAUGAAUAAGAAUCCAAAUUUGAAAGCAUAUAGUAUACGUAGUAUAAAAUAAUGUGCAUUGUAGUCUUGCAUAAUUUGUAUGGAUAGCAAACAUCGUAAAUCAAAGCACAUGGAGCUGAAUUUGUUUCACAUGUAAAUAUGUAUAUAUUCCUAGGCGUGCUUUAUUAACGUAUGUUAAAAGAAAUUAUAUAA